AUGAACCCCCCCUCAAAAAGGCUAAAGGGUGGAGGUCCAGUGGAGGAGCCAGGAGGAGGUGGCACUCUGGUGGCGCUCCGAGGAGGAGCGGCGGGCAGCAGGAGGAGCACUAGCGGUGUUGGGGGCUGUGCAGUGGGCGCGAGCAGUACAAGAGGCUACACGGCAGGUAGCGCGGGAGGCUGCACGACGGGUUGCGUGACGGGCGCGAGCGGUUCUGGGGGCUACGCAGCGGGCGGAGUGAGUGGCGGGGGCCGCAGGGAACUAUCGGUGGUGGCCACAGGUCGGUGGGAUAGAAUGGAAGGAUCGGUCACAGUAUGA